UUCUGUCAUUAUCAGGUGCGUCACGCUAUUUAGUCGAAACUACCAGAUCAUUAUCACACUUUACAAUAUGUUAAUUUUAUUCCUGUAGAACUUACACUAUUACUGUAGUAAUAUUACCAGUGUAAUAUACAUCUUGGCCUGUUGAUUAACCUAAAGCACAUACAUAUAACUAUUUCAAAUGAAUGACUUUUUUAAGAAAAGAACAUGAAUGAUUAAGAUUACGAUACAAAAAAUUUGGUAUGAGUUUUUACAUGGCUUAUUUCUUCUUAGGCGUGUGUUAUGCCGAGUUUGGUGUUCGAGUCCCUCAUACUACGGGCUCAGCCUAUAUGUAUAGCUACGUCACCGUUGGAGAAUUCAUCGCCUUCGUCAUUGGUUGGAACAUGAUAUUAGAAUAUCUGAUUGGAACAGCUGCUGGAGCAUGCGCAAUUAGUGCAUGUAUAAACGCCUUGUGUGGUGGUGCUGUUAGUGACGUCAUUCGAAAAAAAUUGGGAACAAUUUUGGGUAACAAUGUGUUGUCUGGUGCGGCUACUUGUUUCUACGCCUUUAUCGGGUUUGAUAUCAUUGCAACUACAGGAGAGGAGGCAAAAAACCCAAAACGGUCAAUUCCUUUAGCCAUCAUCACCAGUUUGGUCAUAGUAUUGACCGCUUACGUUACGUCCAGCAUGAUUGUAA